AUUUUUUAUACCGCCUGCGUGAAUGUCUGAGGUGGCUUUUUUAUACCGUUUUUCAUUUUUUGAAUUUUCUUUCCUUCUCCUUUUUCAUUUUUCGCUCUCUUCAUUUUCUAACUUUUUUCUCUUUCAUUUUCUUUCUUCCUCUGGUCCGCUCUUCUCCUUUCCAGGCCAGUCCGCUUCUCCCCUUUGUGCGUUUCUUUCUUUCAUUCUUGUCUUAACCAGAAGCCCGGCCACUUUUUCCAUUUUUGUUGCCUCCGCCAUACUCCCACUGGUACGAAUUCCGCCUCCCAGGCCCCAACGUCUCUAGUCACUAUCUCUGCCGAGGUGGCAGCCUCCGUAGCCAAUGCCUCUGAAAUCCGACCCCACCUCACCUCAACAAUCCCUUCCACCAUACACACCGCCUCCCCCAUUAAAUCGACCUCCAGCUGCGCCGGCUUCCAUAGCCACCACCUCUGCCACCCUUACCACGCACCAUACCCGCCGCCUCCAGCUUCCACCUCCGCCUCUUUCAUUGGAACAACGUCCAACCGCGCCCGCCUCCAUAGCCACCACAACCUCCUCCUCCAUAGAUAGGUACUUGCAGAAGAUGGAGUUGGAGAUGCAAAAGAAAUGGAAAAAUAAAAAGGAAAGGAAAUUAAAAAUAAAAAAAAGUAGAAAAGACUAAAAAGUCCCAGUUGAACGUCCACGUAGAUGGUUUACUUGGUCCAAAAGGUCGAAUGCCCAACCCCUAGCCUCCACCCCGACACGACAGGAUGGUGGAGAUGUUAAUCACAGUGACUAAGUCAGCAAAGCGGCG